GCGAGACCGACCAACCGUCGCGGGGGACACCAAGGAGGAUAUCAUCGCAGCCGAUCAGCUGGGCGUGGACAAGCUGAUCACCGGCCACAGUAUCCAGUACUCCGAGAGUGGACCACCCAGCAUUACCUGGCCUGGAUGUGGAAGUGACGCUGGUUGGCAGCUCCCGGACGUGGCAUCGCUUUGGCUUUUUGUGGACAGGGCCAACCUGGAUGAGAGCAACGAG